CCGUCUUUCCUCCCCGUCGCACCCCGCCCAAGCCCCGACCCAGGCCUCUCAGUCUUUUUUCUCAGCGCGUGCAGCUUCCUGCACACCCGGAAGCAGAUCGCGCAGGGAAACGAUCACAGCGCCGCGCGUCAGUUUCCGUCCACCUGGACUAAACGUUUGCUUCGCCCAGUCUACCUGACUUGGUGCACUUGGCAGUCUUCCUUUGUCCAUACCCGUUUCCCCGGGAUCGCUACGGACCUUGAAAUACCAGCAACAGCCCCUUCGCCCCAAGGUCUUGCUGUGUCAGACUAGAGUACAGUAUCAUGAUCUCCACUCACUGCAGCCUCAACCUCCUGGACUCAAGCAGUCCUUCUGCCUCAGCCUUUGAAGGUGCUGAGAUUACAGACGUGAGCCACCACGCCAGGCCUACAAGAUUUGACUUGUAAAGAGUUAAUUAUAUUGACUGAGAGGGAAGCCCAGAAGAGGAAGAAGAGGAAAGCAAAGGAGUCAGGGAUGGCUCUGACACAGGGACCUUUGACAUUCAGAGAUGUGACCGUAGAGUUCUCUCAGGAGGAGUGGAAAUGCCUGGACCCUGCACAGAAAGCUUUGUACAAGGAUGUGAUGUUGGAGAACUACAGGAACCUGGUCUUCCUGGGUAUCAUUCCUAAAUGUACGACCAAGGAAUUACCACCAAUAGGGAACAGUAAUACAAGAGAAAAAUUCCGAACAAUGACGCUGGAAAGACAUGAAUGCUAUGACAUUGAAGAUAUUUACCUAAGGGAAAUCCAGAAAAAUCUACUGGACCUUGAAUUUCAGUGGAAACAUGGUGAAAUAAAUUUUAAAGAAGUGCCAAUGACCUAUAAAAACAAUCUUACUGGUAAAAGAGGUCAACAUAGUCCAGAGAAUGUAGAAAACAAAUGUAUUGAAAAUCAGCUUACAUUAAGCUUUCAGUCACAUCUGACUGAACUGCAGAAAUUUCAAACUGAAGGGAAAAUUUAUCAAUGUAACCAAACUGAGACAACAGUUAAUAAUGGUUCCUUAAUGUCACCACUUCAAAUAAUUCUUCCUAGUGUCCAAACCAGCAUUUCUAGGAAAUAUGGGAAUGAGUUUUUGCAACUGUCAUUACCCAUCCAACUUGAGAAAACACACAUUAGGGAAAAGCCUUAUAUAUGUAAUGAGUGUGGCAAAACCUUUAGAGUAUCUUCAAGUCUUAUUAACCAUCAGAUGAUACAUACUACAGAGAAACCUUACAAAUGCAAUGAAUGUGGCAAAGCCUUUCAUCAGGGCUCACUACUAACUAUACAUCAGAUAGUCCAUACAAGGCGGAAACCAUAUCAAUGUGAUAUAUGUGGCAAGAUCUUCAGACAAAACUCAGAUCUUGUAAAUCAUUGGAGAAGUCACACUGGAGAGAAACCAUACAAAUGUAAUCAAUGUGGCAAGUCCUUCAGCCAAAGUUACAACCUUACAAUACAUCAAAGAAUUCACACUGGAGAGAAACCUUACAAAUGUAAUGAAUGUGGGAAAACCUUCAAACAAGGCUCAUGCCUAACUACACAUCAGAUAAUCCAUACAGGACAGAAACCAUAUCAGUGUGAUAUAUGUGGCAAGGUCUUCAGGCAAAAUUCAAAUCUCGUAAAUCACCAGAGAAUCCACACUGGAGAGAAACCAUACAAAUGCAAUGUAUGUGGAAAGUCUUUUAGUCAAAGUUCCAACCUGGCAACUCAUCAGACAGUUCACACUGGAAACAAACCCUAUAAAUGUAAUGAGUGUGGCAAAACCUUUAAACGGAGCUCAAGCCUCACUACACAUCAGAUAAUCCAUACAGGAGAGAAACCAUAUACAUGUGAUAUAUGUGACAAGGUCUUCAGUCAACGUUCACAACUUGCAAGGCACCAGAGAAGUCAUACUGGAGAGAAACCUUACAAAUGCAAUGAAUGUGGGAAGGUCUUCAGUCAGCAUUCACAUCUUGCGGGGCAUCGGAGAAUUCAUACUGGAGAGAAGCCUUACAAAUGUGAUAAAUGUGGUAAAGCCUUUAAACAGGGCUCAUUACUCACUAGACAUAAGAUAAUUCAUACCAAAGAGAAACGUUACCAAUGCAAUGAAUGUGGAAAGGUCUUUAGUGAAAAUUCAUGCCUUGUAAGGCAUUUAAGAAUUCACACUGGGGAGCAACCUUACAAAUGUAAUGUGUGCGGCAAGGUCUUCAAUUACAGUGGAAACCUUUCAAUUCAUAAGAGAAUACAUACAGGAGAGAAACCUUUCCAAUGUAAUGAAUGUGGCACAGUCUUCAGGAAUUACUCAUGCCUAGCACGUCAUCUAAGAAUUCACACUGGGCAGAAACCUUACAAAUGUAAUGUGUGUGGCAAGGUCUUCAAUGACAGUGGAAACCUUUCAAAUCAUAAGAGAAUUCAUACCGGAGAGAAGCCCUUUCAAUGCAAUGAAUGUGGCAAGGUAUUCAGUUAUUAUUCAUGCCUAGCACGUCAUCGGAAAAUUCAUACUGGAGAGAAACCUUACAAAUGUAACGAUUGUGGCAAAGCGUAUACUCAGCGUUCAAGCCUCACUAAACAUCUAAUAAUUCAUACUGGAGAGAUAUCUUACAAUUGUAAUGAGUUUGGUGGGGCAUUUAUCCAAAGUUCAAAACUUGCAAGAUAUCACAGAAAUCCUACUGGGGAGAAACCACACAAAUGUAGCCACUGUGGUAGAACUUUUAGUCAUAUAACAGGCCUGACAUACCAUCAGAGAAGACAUACCGGAGAGAUGCCAUACAAAUGUGCUGAAUGUGGCCAGGUCUUUAAUUCCACUUCGAACCUUGCAAGACAUCGGAGAAUUCAUACGGGGGAGAAACCUUACAAAUGUAGUGAAUGUGGCAAAGUCUUUCGUCAUCAGUCAACACUAGUGCGUCAUCGGAGUAUUCAUACCGGAGAGAAACCUUACACAUGUACAGAGUGUGGCAAAGCCUUUAGAGUGCGCUCAAUUCUGGUUAACCAUCAGAAAAUGCAUACUGGAGAGAAACCUUAUAAAUGUAAUGAAUGUGGUAAAGCUUUUAUUGAAAGGUCCAAGCUGGUGUACCAUCAAAGAAAUCACACUGGAGAGAAGCCAUACAAAUGUAUUGAAUGUGGCAAGGCCUUUGGGCGGUUUUCUUGCCUCAGCAAACACCAAAUAAUUCAUUCUGGAGAAAAACCUUAUAAAUGUAAUGAAUGCGGCAAAUCUUUUAUUAGUCGCUCAGGCCUUACUAAGCAUCAGACAAAACAUAUUGGAGAGAACCUUACAACUAAACUGAACGUGGCAAGGCCUUUAGAUGCUCUCCUAACUUCUGGGUUCAAAUAAUUCAUACUUCCUGAUAUAGCUUAUAUAAUUUUCACUUCUUUCUGAAAUCUUGUGGAAUUUCAAUACCCCGAAUUGGAGGUGGGACCUGGUGGGAGAUGACUGGAUAACGGGUGGAUUUCUCAAGAAUGGUUUAGCAUCACUUGGUGCUCUUCUCAGGACAGUGAGUUCUGGUGAGAUAUUGUUGUUUAAAAGU